CAUGAAAAUUUCAGAUGAGAUCAGCAAUUACUUUAGGGAAACAAACUAUUCGAAAUGGUGCAUCAUAGAUUGUCUAGAUUCUAUUGAAAAAAAUUAUACAAUGGUGACAUCCGAAAAUCGUGAGGAUAUCAUAGCUGAAUUUAAACAUCAGCUUCAAUUAACAAGUACACAUUGUUCAAUAAAUAAAAAUGCACGGGAUAAAGCUACAAAACUUUAUAAUGACGUAGAAAGAAUUUUCCAAUUCAAAGAGGCUACAGCAAUUUUCAACAGAAUGGAUAAAAAGGCGAAUGAAAAUUUAUUUGAAACAAAAACUAAUCUAUAUGGAUCAGAAGUUGCAGUACAAAUGAUGGAUAUAAAAUUGAGCUCUCUUCGAUCAGAAAUACCUUCUUCAGUAAGCAGUCAUUCCACAACACUAUUCACUGGACAUGACUCUGAAAGUUCCUUCAAUGUUAAAAAAACAUCAAAUGAAGCUGAGCAUAACUCCAUGAAUCCUAAUAACAACCAAAUUGUUUACGAAAAUAUACAAAUAUCAAGCACUCAUGACCAAGAUGUAAAUAAUCAAGAAAUUGAUAGUAUUAUUGUUGAUAAGAUAUCAGAUUUGAUAUUUUCCAAUUUAAAUCUUGAGGAAAUUUGGGAUAAAGUUAUGGAAAGAUUAAAGCAAGAAAAUUUGCGAGUGCAAUCCAUUGAAUCACGAAUUGUAGACCUCUCAAAUUGGAAGAAAGUUGAUUGGGGCAGAAUACUAGAAACAUCAGAUUAUGCUCAAUUGUUUAACGGGUCAAAGAGGAAAUUAUGUAAGAAUUUAAUUGACAAGGAAGUACAAAAUUUGUUACGUGAUGGAUGUGGCCAAAUAAGAUCAUUAAAUGAUUUAAAAUUAUGGAAAGACAAAUUCUCAAUUUUAAAAUCCGAAGAUGCCCAAUUAACUGCUGGAGUUAUUGAAUUUUUCCAUCUCUGUUUACGGAGGGAAGUAAACAUUCUUGUAAUGCAACAUCGGGAAAGAGAUUACAUUGUCAAGAUACUAAGCCCAAUUAUUGGAUUCAUAUUUGAAGAAUUUGAUGUUGGCACUUUCGAGCUAAACUGGAUUGAAAAAGACUGUCGUAGUGUUACAUGUAGAAAGCGAAAAUUUGUACAUGAAGAAUAUAUGGAAUUAGAACCACCAUCGAAAAAGAUGGAUUUAAUAAUAUCAUUACGUUCAUACAAGGUUGAAUUAUUGGUGCUUGAAGCAGGGAAUACUGAAGGUCCCAUGGAUGAUACCAAGUUCCGGCAAGAUCAUUCUAAAAUCAAAAUAGUAAUGAAGGACUGUCUUGAUUCCUUUUGGAAUAAAUUGCAUUUUAAAAAAAAUGAACUUAAAGAGGUUUUUGUAAUGGGCAUUCAAAUUACAGGCACAAGGUGGACGAUCUAUUCCCUUGUAUACGAUAAUUCAAAAAAAUUUUAUUGUUUUACUGAGAUGGCGACAUUGACAUUGCCAACAAUUUUAUCUGAGAUGGAAGACCUUUUGCCAGAUUUCCUGGAAAAUCUUCUAGCAUUACGGCAUACACAGAUAGAACUGGUUGCAAAGAUUCGAAAAUUUUCUCAAAAAAGACUCUCUACUCCAUCUCCACCCUCAUCACCAUUGCACGAAACUACAGUCUCUCCUUUGAAAAAACAAAAACUAAAGAAAGAUCCUUUUCGUAUCUUAGACAACUUAUACUAA